CGACACCGGCACCUCACCGGGGCUCGCAGCCUUCGCCGGGCAGGAGGAGGACCAGGGGAAGCAGGAGCAGGCGGAGGCGGAGAGAAGCGGGAGCGGUCGCGGGUGCCGCCGCGGGGAGCGGAGCGAGCGCGGGGCGGCGGCGGCGGCGGCUCCUCCAUCAUGUCGUCGGGCGGGGACUUCGGGAACCCGCUGCGGAAAUUCAAGCUGGUGUUCCUGGGCGAGCAGAGCGUGGGGAAGACUUCCUUGAUCACCAGGUUCAUGUAUGACAGCUUUGACAACACCUACCAGGCAACAAUUGGCAUUGACUUCUUAUCGAAAACCAUGUACUUGGAGGAUCGAACAAUCAGGUUGCAGCUGUGGGAUACUGCGGGUCAGGAACGUUUCCGUAGCCUCAUUCCCAGUUACAUCCGUGACUCUGCUGCUGCUGUAGUAGUUUACGAUAUCACAAGUAGGUAUUUUGCACUGGUACGGUUGCAAUUAUGGGACACAGCAGGUCAAGAGCGGUUCAGGAGCUUGAUUCCUAGCUACAUUCGUGACUCCACUGUUGCAGUUGUUGUUUAUGAUAUCACAAAUGUAAACUCCUUCCAGCAAACCACAAAGUGGAUCGAUGAUGUCAGAACGGAACGGGGCAGCGAUGUCAUCAUCAUGCUGGUGGGAAAUAAAACAGAUCUAGCAGAUAAGAGACAAGUGUCCAUUGAAGAAGGAGAAAGGAAAGCCAAAGAGUUGAAUGUAAUGUUCAUUGAAACUAGUGCAAAAGCAGGAUACAAUGUAAAACAGCUUUUCCGACGCGUGGCAGCUGCCUUGCCUGGGAUGGAAAGCACACAAGACAAAAGUAGAGAAGACAUGAUUGACAUAAAACUGGAAAAGCCUCAAGAGCAGCCUGUCAGUGAAGGAGGCUGUUCCUGCUAAUACCAUGUGGCUUCCACCUUUCUCCAGAACAUCACUGCUUUCCCUCCCUGUCCUCUUCAUUGACUGCAGUGUGAAUAUUGGCUUGAACCUUCCCCUUUCCGUAAUAACGUAUCGCAGUUCAUCAUCGCUGGCUGUCUCGUGGAGAUGAUCUUUAGCUUCACAAGCACACCCCACACACACACACACACACCAACAAAAUGUCAGUGUCUUCAUUAUUUAUAAGAAAAAAAAAAAAAGCCAAAAUAUUCCACCGUAUUCUAGGUAUAACUUUAAAAAAAAACAAAAGCAAAAAAAAAAAAAAUCCAAACAAAAAAAAAAAAUAGGUACAAUUUCUUAAUAUUUGUUCCUUUUUUAAUAUGUUAUGAUAUUGCACUUUGAAAUGAUGGCAACUGAGUAAGUUUGGAAUUGGACCUAGAUGAGAUGUAUGUGCAGAAGAAGGCUUGCAAAUCUGACCCAUUGGAUUUCUCUCAGAAACUGGGAAUGUGUAGACAGCAGGCGGAAUCACGGGGGGAGGCGGCAGAUGCCGAGGGUUAAAGGCUUAUCCUUGAUAAUUAAACACAAAUUAACCCCAAGCUCUUAAUUGCUUUGAGCAGAGCGAGUCUGCCUGGUGUCCAGACCCAGCCUGGCCUUAGCAGGGGUUUGACACUCCUGGCUGCUGGAGCUGGGAAUUCUCACCCAGGCAGAGGGGACACAUUGCCAAGGAAGCAUUACUGGGAAACACGGAUGGGCUCUUUGGGAUGAGUGGCUUCUGGAGGAUUUGGGGGGGAAGGAAAGGGUGGAUGUGCAUUAGCAAAACACUUGCAGGAAACAGGGAAAUAAUGAGUGCAAAAUGAGUUUUCAGAACCCUUUUUUUUUUCCUUUUUAAGUAGAACACCAAUGAAGUGAAUUAUUACUGCCUGAGAGAUGGGACCUUAACGGUUCUGCUGUUUGGAGGAGAAAGCAUUUUGCUUCUUUGUUUUUUUAGGGGAAAUAUUGAAAUCAGGACUGGCACUAAAAGCUGCCAAAGCUGAUUGAAACCUUGGAAAUUUGGGAGAAAGAGGGAAGAGCAGCUGGCUGCCCCAGCAGAGGGGAAUGCACCCGCUUUUCCAGAGCGUGGGCGUAGGUCGGUGGGGAAGGGGUGUUUACUUUGAUCUACAGAAUCUUAGUUGAGACAUCUUAGAUGGAAAGGGAGGGACUUGAGUAGGAUGGAAACCAACUUCUGAUUAUGCAGAUUUAUGCCUUUAUUUUUUAGCUUUUUUUUUUUUUUUUUUUUUUUUUAUGUUCAGUCUUCCAAGUUGGUUUAGUUUGGUUCUCUAGAGCUGUAUAGUUUGGUUAAAUAAUUAGUAAUUUAGUUUUCUAUGGAAUUAGGCUCACAAUUAACCUUUUUUCUUUGAUAUUUAUUUCUCGGCUUUAAUUUUUUUACUCUUUUCAGUGCUGAUUUUGUUGUUUUCCUUUGGCUGAGGAAUCUGUGUAGAGCUUUGCUGAUGUUACGAGAUGUAGCUACCCAAGAAACACGGAAUGGAACACACUAGAAGUGCACCCUUUUAAUCUUUACUAGUCAUUGUGAAGUUGCUGUGUAAGUUAAUAAACACAAUUGUAAAUACA